AUGGCCAACGGAAAUGUCACCUCCAGGCUCCUGGGCUCACGCUUGUCCACCCGGACGAGGGAGCGCUUGGGCUCGGAGGAGGUGGACCAAGAGGACACCAAGGGCUGGGGGGCCUUCAAAGACAAGGACCUUGAGGAAAGGUGGCGAGAGGAAGGACAACUGCUCAAUAUGAAGCUCGGCUGUCAACAACUCCUCUUGCUCAACAGCUUUUGGGCCUGCUUCUCGUGCAUCCAGCUGAUGAGCGGAUCGAAACGUUCCUGGGCUUUCCGGAUUGAUGUGGCCUUUCUCCUUGUGAUUUCCUCCGGUGUUGUGAUGUGCCUGCGGCGGCCCAUGGUGAAGCUCUACUAUUUGCUGAUUUCCACCUGGUUCAUUUUUGCCUUCCUCCACGGCAUCGGCCCCUGGAGCUACAGCUGCAAGGGCCUCAUUGGCGCGUGCGUGGCUUCAUGCCACAGGCAUCAGCGCUUGCUUUUGGCCACCUUCAACAUGGACUGCAGCUUGCAAGGGCAGACCUCGGUGCACAUUGUCAUGGCCACCCUGCUGCUCUCCUCCAGGUUGAUCCCUGCGCUGAGGAUGAUGUUCCUGAACUGGAUUCUCAUCCUCGCAUAUGUCCUUGCAUCCUAUUGGUACAACGUGGUGCACGCACCCUAUGUCUACAACAGCUUGGACUGUGUGAAUACAACGGCGAUCCUGUUCUUCGUGACGCUGGUGGCGGGGCGCCGGAAGUUCUUCAUGGAGAAGGGGCAACGCAGUCGGUUCUUCUAUGACCAACAGCAGAAGGCAGAGACCAAGAAGGUCUUUCACAUCCUCGAGUACAUGGUGCCUUUUCACGUGAUCUUGCCAAUGCUGGAAAAACCGGACGAGCCCAUUGCCAAGCAGAAGCCCGCGGCGUCAGUGCUUUUCGUGAUGAUCGAAGGCUUUGAUGAACAUGCGAGACACUUGGGACCUGAGAAGCUCAUGCAAUUUCUGAACGACAGGUUCACACUCAUGGACCACGUGUGUAGCCGGCAUUCGGUCACAAAAAUUGAGACCGUCGGAGAGGAGUAUGUGUGCGCUGUGGGCGUUGUUCCGGAAGACGAUCUCGAGGCGGGAGACUUCGAGGGGCGCAGCAAGGUCUUAGGUCGACUUCUGCAGGCCGCCGCUGAGAUCCUGGCCGCCUCCAAAAGGACUUCCCAGGGAUCGACCGUGACCUUCAAGAUGGGCAUGCACACCGGCCCGGUAGUGGCAGGCGUCAUCGGCCAGAAGCUCCCGCGCUUCCGGCUCUUCGGAGACACGGUGAAUACAGCAGCACGGAUGAUGCAGAAAGGAGACUGCUUCUCCUUUGCAAGAGAAGUGCUGGAAAGUGCCGCCAUGAGCCUUCUUUGGACGGUCAAAGAGUCCAAGAAAUCUCAUGUUCAGCGAAGACGGCACGAGCGGGAAGUCGAAGCCAAGCAAGCCGAGCAGUUUGUGGCAAACGUGGUCAGCGGCUUUGAGCCCCCGCCCUUUGAACUGCCAGCAGAGGAGCUGGAACAACGGUUUUGUGUGCCUGCAACAUGCCUAGGCUUAGUCAUUGGAAAGAAGGGCGAACAUUUGAAGUCUGUGGAGAAGAAGUUUAAGGUGUCCAUCAAGUUGGAGACAGACGACAAGAGCGGUGAAGGCCUGGUCAUCAUCUCCGGCGAAUCUUCGAAAUCUGUUUCCGCUGCGCGGAAAGAAUUGGACUUUGACUACAAAAGUGUUGAGGUCACAGCAGAAGAGGCCAGCUGGUUGAAAAGAAAGGCUAUGACCCUGAAGCUCAUUCGUGACAUGACUGGUGUGACAUUGCUUACUUUGAGAAGUGAAACGAACUCCACACCAGGUGACGCCACACCAGGUCACUCAUAUGUGGAAAUCAAGGGCCUUCGAAGUGAAGUGGAGGCUGCGGCACUGUGUUUGGAUGCCCACAUGAGCUACUACUCGGUCUUUGCAGAGAUGGAGCAGGUGGAGAAGGCUCUCGAUGAGCGCAUUGCGGCGGCCAAACUGCAGACUGCAGGACGACAGGUGGGCGUUCCCUCCCGCUCCCAGUCUCGGAGAAGAUCCAAGUCUCGAAGUGAAGGUCGCACCACCUCGGCGGCUCGCAGACUCGAGCCUCCGCGCGCGGGAUACGCGGCCGCCCCCGCGGGCGGUCGCACGCGUUCUGAGUCUCCGGGAGCCAAGGGUUCCAAGGGCGGCCGAAAGUCCAAAUCGGAGCUUGGACAGGCCGAGGGCGCGGAACUGGAGCCGGCAGUGGAGAGUGAAGGUGUGACGUUGGUUUGGCAGGAUGCCGAUGAGAUGAUCCAUCAAGCUGUGGGCUGGAGUGAAGACAUCUCCUUUGCGGAAUUGGUCCAAAGUCCAUUCAUAUUCAUGAGCAGCUACCUCUUUCAGGCCGACUUGGGAGAUCCAGUCUCAUGUGUCUUCGUGAAUGACUUUGGUUGCAUGGCUGGCACCAUGCUGGGCAAGGUCAUGUUCUACAACUUUAAGGAUGGUGAGGCAGAGAUCUUGGCGGCCUUCUCGGACGAGGGGGUGCGAGGGCUCUACUUGGAUCAAGAGAUGUGCUACAGUACCCUGAUGGAUCUUUGCAAAGGUUGGCAGUUGGAGCCGCCUCAUCAGCAGAACCUCUCCGUGAACUUCCGCACUUGGGCCGGGGCCCCCGAACUGUGA